AUGCUAAAGCCUACACCUCCCUCCCCCCUCCCCAAGUCCGACGAUGGCCUAUCCCUAUCCGUGGCGGCCGGCUGGAUCGCGCUGAUCUGGUACUCAUUUCUACUAGCCGUGAGCGCGUUGGGAUAUUUCCAAAUAUGGAAAUACUUCCUAACCCAACCCCAACGCUCCCGCCUUGCGACCUCCUCCUCCGCACCACACGUCACAGCCAUCCGCCCAGUAAAAGGCCUCGAACCACACCUCUACGACUGUCUCGCCGCGACCUUCCAACAAGACUAUCCUUCUGACAAGCUCAGCAUCUGUCUCUGUGUCUCAACCCGCACCGAUCCCGCCUAUCCCACCCUCCGCAAACUGCUGUCCGACUUCCCGGACGUCGACGCGCGCAUAACCGUCGAGGACGAGGACCCGCUCUUGCAGCGCAAUGGCACCAACACGUACACCCUCGGACCGAACCCCAAGAUUCGGAAUAUGAGCCGCGCAUACCGCGAGGCGAAAGGCGAUAUCGUCUGGAUCAUCGACUGCAACGUCUGGGUCGGCAAGGGCGUCUGUGCACGUAUGGUGGACCGGUUGUGUGGCAGCGGAGCGGGGGGCAAGAAAUACAAGUUCGUGCACCACUUGCCGGUAGUCGUUGACGUGACGGGGGAGAGUAAUCUGCGUGCGGAACGGCAGGCGUUGCUGGACGCUGACCCGCACACUACGAAGGCGGAUGCUGCGAAGGCGGCGGCGAUGCCGUCUGUUCGGCCGGAGGAUGGGAUUGCGGCUAUGCUGUCGACUGGGGGUGGACGGCUCGAAGAGCUGUUCCUGUCUUCUGCGCAUGCGAAGAUGUAUACUGCGAUCAACACGGUGCUUGUUGCGCCGUGUAUCGUGGGCAAAUCUAAUAUGUUCCGUCGGUCUCAUCUGGACUAUCUGACUGCGACCUCAGCGGAGGGUCCCGAGCAUCGCAAUCCCGGUAUCGACUUCUUCUCCGAUAAUAUCUGCGAGGACCAUCUGAUCGGCGACCUGCUGUGGAGGAAGCAAGUGCGGGAAGAGAAAGAGCUCGGCGAGCACUGGGGGAAGCACGCCAUGGUCUUCGGUGACCUGGCUAUCCAGCCUGUGGCCAACAUGAGCGUGCCGGCAUACAUAGCCCGAAGAAUCCGGUGGUUACGAGUUCGGAAAUUCACCGUGCUACUUGCCACACUAGUCGAACCAGGUACCGAGUCAUUCCUAUGCACCAUCUAUGGGGCAUGGGGUAUCACAACCGCCCUGGCACCAUAUCUUGCGCGAUAUGGCGUGAAAUUUGCCACGGCUCUUGAGAGUUGGCGCGCGUUCUUUGCGGUGUUUGUCGUUGGCAUGUUAGCCUGGAUUUUGGUUGAUUGGACUCUGUAUAUCAAGCUGCAUUCGGCGAGAUGCAUCGAGUUCGAUAAGGAUACUCCGGGUUUUGCGAAGCCUCAGCGAUACCGGGAGGCUCAGACUACUCGUCGUCCGUUCUUGCAGUGGUUUGCUGCUUGGCUUGGGCGUGAACUGCUCGCUCUUCCUAUCUGGACGAUGGCGGUUUAUGGUGGUGUGACGGUUGUUUGGCGAGAUCGACGCUUUAAGGUUGGCUUUGAUGCGAAAGUGAGAGAGAUCGAUCAUGCUUCUACCUCUAACGAGAUAGCGGGCAAGGUCCGGAGUGAUUGA